CACCCACUGCCAUGCAGACCACAUAACAAGUACUGGCCUAAUGAAGAAAAGACUUGCCGGACUGAAGAGUGCCAUCUCCAAAUUCAGUGGUGCAUCUGCUGAUAUCCACCUAAAAGAGGGAGACAAGAUCCCCUUUGGAAGACACUCUCUGACUGUGAGAGAGACACCAGGACACACUGAUGGGUGUAUAACGCUGGUAACUGGGGAUCAGACUAUGGCUUUCACUGGUGAUGCUCUUCUCAUUAGAGGCUGUGGCAGGACAGACUUCCAGCAGGGUUGUGCCAAAAGGCUCUACCAGUCAAUCCAGGAGAAAAUCUACACCCUCCCUGACCACUGCCUCGUCUACCCAGCACAUGACUACUUAGGUCAGACGGUUUCUACAGUGGGCGAGGAGCGCAAGUUUAACCCACGCUUGACUAAGAGCAUGGAGGAGUUUGUGGAGAUCAUGAACAACCUGAACCUCCCUAAGCCUAAAAAAUUAG